AUGCCGGUCAAAGAGACUAUAAGUAAUCAUUUAACUGAUGAAGAAGAAUAUCGUAAUGGAUAUCUAUCACCAAAUUUAAUAAUGUUACGUUCAAGAGGAGAAAAUUUACAAUUCAUUACUAAAUUAAAUUUAUGGGGUUUAAAAUUAAAACAUGUUUCCACUUUAAAAUGUAUGCCAAAUUUAAAAAUAAUCAAUAUGAGUUCAAAUUGUUUACAAUCACUUGAACCAUUUUCUCAUUGUUUAAAUCUAUGCGAAUUAUAUAUACGCAGUAAUCAUAUUGUAAAUAUUGAUGAAGUGGCCCAUUUGAAAUAUUUAAAUAUGCUUGAAAAAUUAUGGUUAAAUGGCAAUCCAUGUUGUCUAUUCUUUAAAAAUUAUGAAAGAAAUGAAAACGUUUUAUAUGAUUCUUCAAUAGUAUAUAGAUGUACUGUGAUACGUAAUGUGCAAAGUUUAAUACAUUUAGAUCAAGAAGUAAUUACAUUAGAAGAACGAGAACUAUCAGAAGAACAUGGUAUUUUACUAACAGCUCCACCGCCUCAAUUAACAAUUGAUGAACAAUCUCAAUCAGAAAUAUCCGAAACAACGUUAACCAAUAAUAAUCCAACUGAUGUAGAUGAAUCUGUUAACACAAACAGUGUCAUCGAUAUAACUUUAAGUUCAGACGUAGAAAUGAAAAAAGAUAGAUAUCAUUCGGAUUUACUAGUUACGAAAAAAGAAUCCCAAAUAAAUAAUCUAGAUAAUGAUAUCAUAAAAGAUCCGAGAUCAACAAAUGAUAUUGUUGAGCUAAUCAAUAACAAUAUAGAUUCUAAAUCACCUUUUAUUAAAAGAAAAUGUCGAAAUAGAUCCUAUUUACAGGAUGUCACAUUAAAAGAGACAAAUAAAAUUCGUCAAGAAUACGGCUUAAAACCGAUAAAUAAGAAUAAAAUUUCUUCACCUGCUAAACGACUGCAAUCGAUCGAUCAGAAGAAUGAGAAAAUUGUUCGAAAUUCAAUUAUACGAUUAUUAAAAACAUUGAAUUCUGAAAGUUUAGAAAGAAUUAUUCAAGCAGCUGAAAAACGUAUAUUACGUUUAACCGGUAGUUCAAAAUUACAUUCAUUAUUAGUGAAUGAUAAUGUUGUUGUUGUUGUUGAAGAAGAAGAAGAAGAAGAAAAUAACAAUGAAUGGACAUUAAAUGGAACUUAUGAUUGUUCAAAUUAUAUGAAUGGAGAUAAAUGA